AUGAUUUACCCCAAGACAGCCGAUGUCACUUUCCACCACGCUGACGAUGCAGUAAAGGAGUACCGCUUUGGAACCAAGAACUACCCCCAUUAUUUCUGCACAAACUGCGGAACCAGUGUGUACGGAAAAGCUGAGGCUCCAGAGCAGCGACACAUCAUGGCUGUCAAUGUUCGAACCCUGUCUGGGGUUGAUAUUAAGACGCUGAAGAUCCGUGAGCAUGAUGGAAGGGGCGGAACUUCAAUCUAG